AUGGCCCAGCCCCCACCUCCUCCUCCCGAGGAAGUCGAAACACCUGGUUGCGUUGUAAAAGAAAUAGAAAAACAGUUGUACAAAACACUGAAAGAUGUAUUCAAAUAUGACAGUUAUAGGACACUCGUUCAAAAACGAGCAGUGGAAGCUGUCGCUAAUUGUUGCCAAGAUGUGUUUGUCUCUAUGCCAACAGGGGCCGGUAAAUCCUUGUGCUACCAGCUUCCUGCCCUUGUUAGUGAAAGAAGAGGCUUGACUAUUGUGGUUUCUCCUUUAAUUGCCUUAAUGAAAAAUCAGAUGGACCAAAUGAUAGCAUUAGGAAUUCGCACAGAAACAAUCAAUUCCAAAAUGGCAGUAUCUGAACGGGACAGAGUUAAAAAAGACUUGACCAGCAAUUGUCCUGAAACAAAACUGUUGUACAUCACACCAGAACUUGCUUCGACUUCUGGCUUUUAUACCAUAAUGGAUGAAUUGUAUAAAAAUAAUAACAUUGCAAGAAUAGUUGUUGAUGAAGCCCAUUGCGUUUCGCAGUGGGGACAUAGUUUUCGUCCAGACUACCUACGUCUAGGUGAACUCCGUGAGAAAUAUAUUUCAAUACCUUGGGUUGCUUUAACGGCUACUGCUUCAGUUAAGGUUAUGGAUGACAUACUAGCUUCGUUAAAACUUUGUCAACCAGUUGCUAUCUUCAAAACUUCUUGCUUCCGUCCAAAUCUUUUUUAUGAUGUUGUGUUCAAAGAAACACUUGGAGGAGAUCCUUAUGAAGAUUUGACUAAAUUUGCUUAUUCUGCCUUAGGUGAUCACUGGGAAAUGAGUCCUCCUAGUGAAAGAGGAUGUGGAAUCGUUUAUUGCCGCACGCGAGAUGGAUGUGAAGAGUUAUCGCAUAAGCUAACAAAGCUAGGCUUGCCUACCCAACCUUAUCAUGCCGGAAUCAAGCCAAAUGUGCGUAAAGAAACUCAGAGCAAUUGGAUGGAUGGUAAAAUACCAGUGAUUGCAGCGACUGUCAGUUUUGGAAUGGGAAUCGAUAAACCUAGUGUAAGAUUUGUUGCACAUUGGUGUGUCUCACAGUCAGUUGCUGGGUACUAUCAGGAAUCUGGUAGAGCGGGUAGAGAUGGAAAGCCUGCUAAAUGUAGAAUUUAUUAUUCAAGAAAAGAUCGGGACACUAUUCUCUUUCUUCUGAAGAAAGACGAAUCCUCGGCUAAAUCCAAAAUUGCUCGUAUCAAAAUUGCUGCUACCAUUAAGAGCUUCAACACAAUGAUCAAGUAUUGUGAAGAAUCAUCGUGUCGACAUUAUGUCUUAGCUAGAGAGUUUGGCGAUGAUAUGCCUGACUGUAGAAAGCAUUGUGAUGUCUGUACCAAUCCUAAGUCAGUUGAGCAUAAAAUAUCGGUGGUCAAAGCAAUGUUCUUAGGCACUAAAUUAAAGCACAAAAGGAAUGAUGACUGUGGAGAUCUGUAUGGUGGAGGAAGACAAGGCACGAAAAAUGAGUAUGAGGACUAUGAAAGGGAAGAUACUUCAUCAUCCCGAGAGAAAAAAGCUGCAGCUGAAUUAUCAAAUCUAAUUAGUGAAGAAUUCAGUAAAAGGAGAGGUGAGAAAGAAAAGGCUCAAAAAUAUAUGAAAACUUCCAGUUCCAAGGUCUUACAACCUUCGGUGAAAAAGAUUCCAGAGGUGUCUGUUCCAAUGAGAGAAAAAUACUUCGACAAAUUGGUUCAAGAAGUGCAAUUUCAUUUGCAAUCAUCUUCAACUAAUAAUGAUUGCCCAUCUUUAAGUGAUAAAGAUGUUCAGCAGUGUGCAGCCGAGUUGGAGUGGAAUGUGUUUAGCUCAAAGGGUAACAUUCACAUGUACAGGAGAGAAAUUGUUAGUUUGACAAAAUCUUUGAGAGAAGCUUCUCGCCAAGUGGAAGUACACCCUGUUGUCUCAAAAUUUGUUCAUGGUCAUAAUACUGCAGGUUCAAGGUCUGUGCCUAAACAAAGAUUGCAUAAUAUUAUAGAUUAUUUCUCCAAAAAUAAACCAAAUACAGAAGACAAACUGGAAAAUAUAAAUCUCAGUAGUUCUCUAUCCUGUUCUGAUAGUCACAAGACUAAUGGCGGCUCCGAUAUUUCGCAACCCGCAGAGCCAGACCCUCUUCGCCAUCACCAGUCAGGCACAAAAAAAGGGAAACGCUCUCCUUCACCUGACAAGUUCCCUUUUGUAGAAAAAAUCAACCACAAAAGUGAGAAAGUCAAAACUACUACACAAAUUCGGAAUGACAAUCUUAAAAAAGCUGCUGAUUUGGUGCGGAAGCACUUAAAUCCGGAAUACAAAUCAAAAAGGAUCAGCAAAGACUUUUUCAAAAUUGUUUGUCGCAGCAUAUCUCAUCGGCUGGUGGAAUCGGACACUGUGAACGAUGGAGCUGCGAAAAUGGAAGUAGAAAAAUUAUUAUCUUCUAAUGGCAGCAGUAUCUGUUAGUGAAUGUGCAUAAAAUGCACCUACUUGCAUAAAAGACAGCUUUGUUGUUUAAUGUCAAUGACAAUUGUUUCACCCAAGUGUUUUGUAAAAACUAACUAUAUUUGUUUAUGUAUAGUAAAACCUCCCUCAAAGAUUAAGUUAAAUUAAUAAUGUUAGUUCUACUUAUGAUGUUUUGUAAGUUUGCUCACAUCAACGUUGAGAUUAAAAUAUAAUUUUUUUUUUAACUUUUUUCUUUUUGGUUUUUUCUGGGAUUUUC